AUGGAACCGUUUCCUGAUUACUACAAAAUUCUUGGGAUUAAGGACACUGCAACUAUUGAUGAAAUAAAAGAGGCCUAUAAACGAAAGGCUUUAGAAACACACCCAGAUAGAUUUGCACAGGGUGCUUCGGAAGAUUCUGCUAUAAAUCCAUCGCUUUCACAAGAAGAAGCAAAAGUACGUUUUCAAAAAGUAGCUGAUGCAUUUUAUGUAUUAAAUGACGAACAUAGGCGGGCUCAAUACGACACUGUAAGAAAUUCUAGGAGAAAAUCAUGGCGUCCACAACAUAUAGAUCCAAAUUCGGUUUUUGGUAAUGUGUUUGAAGAUUUGUUAAGGCCAGAAGUUGAAAAUCCUAGAUGGUUUUAUGCACCAAUUGGAGCAGUAUGUGGAGCAAUAUUAGGAUUUGUUUGUGGAAAUAUACCUGGUUUAAUGUUGGGUGCUCUUUUAGGGAGUAAAUUAGGUGCUAUAAGAGAUGCUAAAGGCGUAUCUAUUUAUGAAACAUAUUGCAAAUUAUCAGGAAAUCACAAAGCUGCAAUAUUAACAGCAAUCGCAGCAAAAGUGAUUUCUGGUAGUGGUGGCGGCAAGUUUUAA